GGGGGGGGGGCGCAGAGGCGCCGGCAGCCGUGACGAGGCGCUCCCGGAGCUGAGCGCUUCUGCUCCGGGCACGCAUGGCGCCCGCACACGGAGUCUGACCUGAUGUAGACGCAAGGGGGUUAAUAUGAACGUCCCUCUCGGUGGAAUCUGGCUCUGGCUCCCUCUUCUCUUGACCUGGCUCACCCCUGAGGUCAGCUCUUCAUGGUGGUACAUGAGAGCUACAGGUGGCUCCUCCAGGGUGAUGUGUGACAAUGUGCCAGGCUUGGUGAGCCGCCAGCGUCAGCUAUGCCACCGACACCCAGACGUGAUGCGUGCCAUUGGCCUGGGUGUGGCUGAGUGGACAGCAGAGUGCCAGCACCAGUUCCGCCAGCACCGCUGGAACUGCAACACCCUGGACAGAGAUCACAGUCUCUUUGGCCGGGUCCUCCUCCGAAGUAGUCGGGAAUCUGCCUUUGUUUACGCCAUCUCCUCAGCUGGAGUUGUAUUUGCCAUCACCAGGGCCUGUAGCCAAGGAGAAUUAAAAUCCUGUUCCUGUGAUCCAAAGAAGAAAGGAAGUGCCAAGGACAGCAAAGGCACCUUCGACUGGGGUGGCUGUAGUGACAACAUUGACUAUGGGAUCAAGUUUGCCCGUGCAUUUGUAGAUGCCAAGGAAAGGAAAGGGAAGGACGCCCGAGCCCUGAUGAACCUUCACAACAACAGAGCUGGACGAAAGGCUGUAAAGCGCUUCUUGAAACAAGAAUGUAAGUGUCACGGUGUGAGUGGCUCGUGUACUCUGAGGACAUGCUGGCUGGCCAUGGCUGACUUCCGGAAAACAGGCGACUAUCUCUGGAGGAAGUACAACGGGGCCAUCCAGGUCGUCAUGAACCAGGAUGGCACUGGCUUCACAGUUGCCAACAAGAGAUUUAAGAAGCCAACAAAAAAUGACCUCGUGUAUUUUGAGAACUCUCCUGACUACUGUAUCAGGGACCGAGAGGCAGGUUCCCUGGGUACAGCAGGCCGUGUUUGCAACUUGACUUCGAGAGGCAUGGACAGCUGUGAAGUUAUGUGUUGUGGCAGAGGCUAUGACACAUCCCAUGUCACCCGGAUGACCAAGUGCGAGUGUAAAUUCCACUGGUGCUGUGCUGUGCGCUGUCAGGACUGCCUGGAGGCCCUGGACGUGCACACAUGCAAGGCCCCAAAGAGUGCCGACUGGACGGCCCCUACAUGACCUCAGCAGAGGUCACCAUCUCCCUUCCUUUCCUCAAGGACUCUAAUUGCAUCUACAAGGACACUGGACCUCUGAGUUGUCCUCAGAGGCUGUUUCUUAAGACAUGUGGCCUUCAUCUCAAUAGGAACCCCUUUUCCCUCUCUGGGGGCCCCAGGACUGGGAACCACAUGCUGCCACAUAGCCAUACACUUUUCUAUCUAUCUUGGGCAUUCUGGGGUCCC